UUGAAAAAUUGGAUAUUACACCCAAGUCUGCUCAACGCAUAAAGCCUGUUCUGGAGCAAUGGUUGCUCGAUGCAGAAGAGCGGUACCAAAAUGGAGAAGGACGUCAUAAUGAUGUCCUGGGUACAGAUUCAACUAAAAAGCGAAAGCGGAGGACUAGUUUCACACCACAAGCCUUAGACAUUCUGAAUGAACAGUUUGAAAUGAAUCCACAUCCCUCAGGAAUUGAGAUGACGACAUUGGCAAAUCAACUGAACUUUGAUAGAGAAGUAAUUCGAGUAUGGUUUUGCAAUAAAAGGCAGGCCCUGAAAAAUGCGGCUACACGGCGCUCCACUGGCAUUGCCGAAAAUCAAACUGGAAUUUCUGAUAGCUUUCAUCAUCUUGAAUCAAGUUCGCAGACAAAUAUGUCAGAGCAAAGCCGAAUAGAUUCCCUGCUUGUUUCGGCCUUCCUUAAGGGAAUCUCUCGUCCAAACUAUCUCUUAGUCGAGACACCACUUUGCUCUUUUUCUUCCACAGAAUCCUCCUCUCCUUCCACUGUGUCCUGCUCCUUUCCUUCAAAUGAAUUUUAUAAUCUUGCCUCGUACUCUCCAUGCCAUAUUUUUAAA